GUUGACGUGCGGCGCGCCGGGCCGCUCGGAGGUGCUGUCAUGGCGCUCGCUUCGCUGCAGCCUCUGGAAGCGCUGAAAUACGCCGAGCUCCAGCGCAUCGCCAAAGCCGCCGGGCUGAGGGCCAACCUUCGGGCAGACAAAUUGUUGGAAUCAUUGAAGAAACAUUUUGAGGGGACAAAAGAAGAAAAUGAAAAUAUGGGUCCUGUAAAGAGUGCAUCUGCUUCCAUUAAAUUGGAUGAUCUGAGCAAUCAGGAGGAAAUUAUGUCUGAUUCACUGUGUUUUAUUACAAAAAGACGUGGUAAAGAUAAUCAGAAAAUAAUCAGAAAAAAGAGAAACUCCCAUGAAGAAACUAAUACCAGUGAAGAAACCCCAGUGCUUUCUGAUGAGAAACAGGUGCAUUCUGAAAUGAAAGAAAAUGAAGUGCCUCAGGGUGAGCAGAAAAAGGGACAGAAGGUAUUACAAAACAGCAACCAAAUAACUGAAGAGAGAGCUGUUGAGAAUCCAGGGAUGGGUACUGGACAGAAGAAACAAGCAGAGAAGACUUCUACUAAAGGCAGGGGAGAACAACGUAAUGCUCAUCCUGCAGGAGGGAAGAUCCCUGUACGUGCAGGCUGUGCCUCUAGGUCUGCAAGAAUGGGAAUGACAACUACUACACCAAACUUUAAAAAGUUGCACCAGGCUCAGUUCGAGAAAAUGGAAUCUAUUGCUGACUACAUUGAGAGGAAAAAAAAACUGAAUGAACAUUGCAGCGCAGUCAAGGUGUUGGCCAGAAAAUCAAAUCCCUUAAGAGCAUCAGAAAAAGACACUCCACAUUCUAAGAAACAAGCCAGUGGCAAAAGAUUUUUAUUCAGCCCAAAUCCAGAAAGAGGCAGAUUCUGCAGCAUUGGCACUCCUAGCAACCUCCGGCGCUCACCACGCAAUUCUCUGAAUGCUGCAACUCGGAGUAUUUUACCCCAGAAAUCUUCAUUUCUUCCUUCUGUUCUUUCAACAUCCAAAAUGAAUGUCAGGUUCUCGGAAGCCACAAAAGAUAACGAGCACAAACGCUCCCUUACCAAGACUCCAUCUAGAAUGUCUCCGUACAUGGAGAUCUGCACACCUGACACUCAAAAGAGCUGCAAACUAAGAAGUCAGAAGAACAGUAAGGGAAAUGCAAGAAAUAAUGAUCUGACUGCAUCAAAGGUUCUUACCCCGUUCAAGUUUGGAGCCCAAUCUGCAGAACCCACGAGUGGAAAGAAGACAUUUGAUCUCAAAGCAAGUCUCUCUCGGCCCCUUCGGUAUCAGCCACACAAAGGACGACUAAAACCAUGGGGAGAAUUUAAAGAAAAUGCUGUUCUCGGUAGGUCUGGUGGCAGCAAUAUCUGUUCACAUAAGAAAGAUUACAAACAGCCACGUCUCCAGACAAGGGAAGAAAGGCGUGAGUCACUGGAGCAGGACAGAAAGAAGAAAAGGUCUCGUGCUCUUGGAAAACGUAGAGGCCUAUCUGCGUGCUAGGAUGAAUAAAAAGUAUCCAAGACAUCACUGUAAAUACUAUUCCUGUUGUGUAAAGGCUUGUGCUGUCUCUGUAUGGUUCACGUUGCUUUUAGCUAGUGGAAUCCAGAAAGCAAUUAAUGAGACCUUGCAAUGUGCUCUGAGCAUAAUGUUUCUGUGAUUAGCUUCUCCACUCAGAUGAGAGUUCUAAACUUUCAGGGGCUUAGAACUCUCUUGUUGCUUCAUAAUGUUUUCAUUUAACUAAUUCACUUGAUUAAAAGAUGUUAAAGAAGAAAAUGUAAAUGGAAAAAAGAUGCUCAAGAAGCCUUCUUGCAACUUAGGAUAGACUUGUGCAUCAGAAUGCACUUGUUGUGUGCUAGAGUGCAGGCAUUAGAUAGCAAGCUUCAAAAUGUUCUAGUGUUCAAAGUGACAGGAGUUGGAAGUACCUGCUUGCCCUGUUCUCCAGAUCAAUCCUUAUAUUGUCUAUUACAGCAAUUAUUCAGCAUUUCUAACUGCAUGCUUAUGAAAAAGAAAAUUUCAAAGAGAAGAAAAAAUAUGCAAGCUCUCUGGCAAACUAAUGCAUAACGUAAUUGUAAACUACCUUUUUGAAAAAAGUCACAACUGAAUUUACAAAUUACCAACUGAAUGCUCUGAGUUAAGGUUUUGUACCUUUCUAUAGUAAAUAGAUGUUAAAAUUCUCUUGCUUUUCAUCUCUAAGAUGCUUAAAAGAGGUUAUAAUUGUGUUGAGGUACAUUCAAUACCUUGGUUUUAAAAGCAGUUGUUAUUUUACAUUUAAAAAACCCACAGGAAAGUUGUCUGGAUUUGUUAGGGACAGAAGUAGAGAGGUAAUAUAGCAGUUGUAAUCUCAGUUGUAGAGCAAGUAAGUGUUUCACUGAAU